CAGAGAGGUACAGGUUUCCGGCCUGCUGAACGACAACAAUCUGAAAGACGAAGAGGAGAAGCUGCUGCUUCCACUUCAUCCUCGGGAUUGUAGUCAUUUAUAAUCGGCGACACUCCCAGCAACAAACUUUGGUGUGCAACUUCCUGAUGAGACGAAUGAGACUGAUCCACAAUUAACAUGGAAGCAGAAACGGAAGUUAUACCCAUCUGGCAAAAUAAGCCUCACGGAUCCACGCGCAGUGUUGUGAGAAGAAUAGGUUCCACUCUUCCACUUAAACCUCCUCAAAGGGCAUGUUUCCAGGAGCUACCAGGUCUGCCUUCUCUUCGUCCAAUGGACGGACCUAUGGUUCCUACCUUGGCAGACAUAGCCUGGAUUGUUGCAGAUGAAGAGGAGACAUAUGCCAGAGUGAGAAGUGACACACGUCCUCUAAAACACGAAUGGCGACCCACACCGCUCCUGGUGCUUCACAGGAAUUCAUCUGUGCCCAAUUUCCGCCGUGAGGGCAAAAGGAUGGAGGGGCUGAAGAAGCCCGGCGUGACUGCACUGAACCGUACUACAGCACUGCAGGAUGAGCUCAGCAGACUUCGAGCGCAGAUCGCUAAAAUUGUGGCAAGUGAUUCAGGCUCUAACCCCCUCACCCCAGAUCUGCUCUCGCCUGAUGACACAAGCAUGAGCUUUUCCAUGGCGCCUUUCGAGGCGGCGUCCUACCAGCCGGCCCCCACGGCGGCUGCUUCCUUUGUCAUCAGCGACGUCACAGAGGAAGAAGAACCGGAGGAAGAGGAAGAUGAGAAAGAUGCCGUCUCUGUGGUUUCAGAGCUGGUCCCUGACCCUCUGCCCCCUGUUUCUAUGACAGCAUCAGCUACCUUUGAUUUAGACAGGCCUAGCAUGGACUUCCGGGAGGCAGAGGAGGAUACAGUGUCGCUAUCAAAGUCCACCAGUUUUGCUGAUGUUAUGGACAUCCUGAAGGACAUGAACCGCAUGAAGAUGAGCAAAGACAGGUACAACAGAGGCUGCACUUCCCUCAGGGAGGAGGACUCGGCAUCGCUGAUUUCAGAAGCUCUGAGGAAAAAGUUUGUCCUGAAGGAUGAAGAUGCUGCCUCUGUGAAAAGAAAGUAGUGCGAUCAUGUUAAUAAGAAAUACCCAAUCCUGCUGCUCCAUGUAAGUCAGGGGAGAGACUCAGUUUUUGUAGUUCCUGUUUUAAAAGAAAAAAAAAAAGAAAUUAAACCUUUGACCACAAGUGUUAGGUAACUGUUUUUUCUUAGUUGCUUUUUUCUCUUUUCCUCGUGAUUUUUAGGCCUUUGCCUGUGGAUAAUGUACCCGUGGAUCCACAGCCUCGCUCCUCAGACCCAAGGCAAUAGCUGUCUGCCAGAGAUAGAACAAAAACACUUUGUCCCAGACACUUAAAACCAGUGCGGGUGCAUUGUGAAGGGGAACAGCCAACUCUUGGUAACAGUCAGUUUAAGCACUGCGUCACACAACACUUUCAGUGUGUUUCUCUCUAAAAUUUCUUAGUUUUAUUUUCAAACAGACUCAACAGACUUGAUGCCAAUGAUGACCAAUCACUCGGUCAUGUAAAUCUGAUUUGCUUUUGUUUUUAUAAUACUACACCGGGGAGGCUGACAUUAAACCAUUAUCAUUUAGUUUUUGGACCCAAAUUGUGGAAUGCCCCUCGCUUUGAAGAGGGUACUGCCCGUCUUUCUUAGUUUUGUUUUCAGUUCUUUCACUAAGGAGAUGCAAACCUGUUUUAGCUAUGUCAAGAAGUCCACUCGCAUACUUGAAAAUGUGUAUGUACAGAUGAAACAGCUGUAGUGCAUAUGCAGGGAAGUACUGCAGGUGUAUCAUAAAAAUCAUUUAGGAUGUUUGCUGUUGAUGUGUGCAUUUCAGUACUGAGUCUGUGGAAAUGCACAGCAUCAUGUACUGUUGUAUUGCUCGAUCCACUACACUUCUGCCCUUUAGUUUCAGAGUAACAUCCAGAUCCAUAGUCACUGAUUUUACAACUGAAAGGGGAGAGAUUGCAUUGAUAAUAAAGAGGACAAAGAAGGGAAAUAUGCCCCCAUCCUGAGUUGUAUUUCCAGUAAAGCCAACAACAGAUGCAAGCUUGUACAACUAAGACUCUUAACAAUUUUGCCUGUGUGCAGCAUGGCUAGUUGGUAGGGAAAACCAUCUGUAUAAUGUUUAUAAUGUAAUAUUAAACAGGUGAUUUUACUUUAGGCAGAGACUAAGCUUAUGUGUAAGAGAGCUUUUACAUCGUGCAGAGUUUUUACAGAAAGUCUAUUUAGAUCGGUCCACGCCUUACCUGUUCAGAUGCCUAAUUUUAUCCCCUUUAUUCAAAGUGCCAUGGGUUUGUUUCAUCCAUCCUGCCCUCCGUUUGUCCUAAAUGUGCCCUUUGUUCUCAGCUUUUAUAUUAAGACUCCCAAGCAUACAGUUAGCCUGUUAACCAGCUGUGUGUAUGUGUGUGACAUUCACAAGUGUUAGGUUUUUUAUUUAAAAAAGAAGAAAGUUGUCACAAGAAAAAUACUUCCACACGUGUCCCUCCUCCUCUGUUGUUGCUGUCAUGUGUUGGCUGACAGGAGUAGGGAUUUUCUUUGGUGUGGUUUUGCUGUGUGAAAAGACACUGCUAGGAUAUUUGUGUUUGAACUGAACAAGAAUGUGCACAUUCCUGUCGUCAUGUAGUGGAGUUCAAGUUUGCUUUGACUUGCUGGAACUGGCUCCGGUAGAUCAUGUCACAUGCUUGACAUGAACACUGAGGAAAAUGCCAUAUGCAAGUUUAAAUAGAUUUACUAAGUCUCUAGACUUGAAAUGAUGACCCAUACACCACAUUCACUACCAGCUGCGUCACCGGUCGUCAGACUUACUCCAUUUGCUUUGAAAUUCUAGUUUGAGCAUUUGUCGCCGUUGUAUCUCCAUGUAGUCUUGAGCCUGUCAACACCAUUUUUUUUGUCAUGUAAGGACUUGUAAAUAAAGAAUGUGCUGAUGUUUUGAAA